GACAUCACCAAUCCACAACACAUCCAUUCACAUGAGGAGAAGCUACUUCCACUGUUAAGUUAGAGGUGCUCGCGUUGUCUUUCCAAAGACGUUAUUCUGUCUGGCAGAUAUUAGCUUAGACCACCUUUUGGGAAGAAGUUUCAUACUAACAUAGAAUACACAAUGAGCCUUUUGAUUUUUGUUUUUGGGGUGAUUCUCACUCUUUGUCAGAUUGGGAGGAAUCCAGCCAGCGCUGGGAUGUGCUGGCUGCAGCAGAGUCCAGACCAACGGUGCAACAUGGUGCUAAUGAGGGGGGUGACCAGAGAGGAGUGCUGCGCUGGGGGCCGCCUGGACACAGCGUGGACUAACACCAGCCUCCCCAUGAAUGAAGUCAGCCUGUUAGGCUUCCUGGGUAUUGUUUCCUGUAAACCAUGUAAAGACACGUGUGAGGGAGUCAAAUGCAGUCCUGGGAAGGUUUGUAAGAUGAAGAUGGGAAGGCCUCAGUGCGUGUGCGCUCCAGACUGCUCUCACAUUCCCAAGAAGCACGCUGUGUGCGGCAGUGAUGGCAGGUCCUACAAAGAUGAGUGUUCCCUGCUGAUGGCCCGCUGUAUGGGACACCCGGACCUGGAAGUCAUGUACCAAGGGGAGUGCAAAAAAUCCUGCUCCAACGUGGUGUGUCCCGGGACUCACACGUGUGUCACGGACCAGACCGACAGCGCCCACUGUGUCAUGUGCCGCACUGCACCUUGCCCAGUCCCCAUGCUCUCUGAGCAGCCAAUAUGUGGCAACGACAACAUUACUUAUCUGAGCGCCUGCCACCUCCGCAGGGCCACCUGCUUCCUGGGACGCUCCAUAGGAGUCCGCCACUAUGGCCACUGUAACAGUAAGACGAUUGACCUGCCCCAGUUUCUCUCCUUGUCUCUCAUGCACAACGGUAGUUUCAGUAAUCUCAGUAUUGACUCGUUCUUCCUUGCAGAUCCGCCAAGGAAGUCUCACAAAUUUGAAGGCAGCGAGGAAAAUGCAGUGUAGACAGGCCAUUCCACACACAGCUCCCAGCAGGAAAUGAGCUGGUUGAACAACUCUUCACAGCACUAGCUUCCCAUGACGACCUCCUCAAUAUGACAAUCACUCCCCUCUAAUACCUUGUGCACCAAAAAGGACGAUACAUUUGAUUUGAACCACCUCUGAUGGAAGACGCAUAUAAGCAUUACUGCCUCAAAAAACUAUGAGUUGUUUUAGUUUGGGAAGUGGGGGCAGGUAAAUGCACGCGUCUCGAUGUGAGCUCUUUGGGAGAUGUGUGCAUAUUGUAAAUAGAAUACUGAUACUAUUUAUUGGUGAAAGUAUCAAGCUCUAUUUAUGUUUUUUUUUUGUUUUUUUUUAAUCCAAGUAAGAAAUUCAUAGAUUCUUGGGAAAGCUGAAAUAAAAUAUAUAUUUAUUUUUUUCUUGUUUAUUGUACAAUAGCAGUCACUGGCAUUGGCUUUUUACAACAUUUUUACAGUUUUAUAAUCUCACUUCCUCAUAAACAGUUUUCCCUCAAGUUAAUGGAAAGCCAUGCUCAUUUGUUUUGGAGAUUUAGACAACAAACACGAACAGGACAGUUGUUACAGUUCCCCUUUAUCUACUUUUAGCUUCAGUUAGAUUGGUGAAUCAAAGCACAUUGCAGCCUGAACAAACUUGCAUAGGCUUGUCCAACCCCCACCACCCACCCUUAAAACUCCACACAUUUUUAUUCUGGACCGGGGUCCAAACUCCUGGCACCCCACCGAUUGCUCAGUUUUGGUUGUGUUUGUAGAGUACCAGAAGACUGCUGGUACAACCUCAAACCCUCAACAAUACCUCCUCUGUUGAACACUUGGCUUUGUUUUAUACAUUCAUUUUUUGUAGGUCAUGCAAGUCUUUUUUUUUCUAGUCUGAUGCUUUUAUUUGAUUGUAUUUUUUCAAAUAACUUUUUGGAUAGACAAAUGUAAUUAGCACCACCUGACUUAGAGGAAAAUUUAAUUUGUCUGGGAAUGGCCUGUAAUUUGGACCAAUUGGAUAUACCUGAUUAUGGUGUCUUCACAAUCGAAUGUGUUGUUGUAAAAACCUGCACAUAGCCACACAAAUGUAAUAAAAUGUUAUACAGUUAAAUCUUCUAAACUCAAAGCAGAUGCCUGGGUACUUUACUUAGCCCUAGUAAUGUAUAUUGGAGCAUUUUAAUGAUUCUUCUGUAAAUACGUCUCUUGUGUACCUACCUGUGUAUCUACUGUGAAAUUUAAAUGAUAAAUGUAUCAACAUAGUUUUGUAUUUUUGUACUGCCUUUUCAAAUCAUCAUAAAGUUUGUGAUUUGCAUUAAA